AAUGUUUAAUAAAAAUAAAAUAAUAAAAAAUUGAUAAAAUUUUACUAAAAAUUUUGUUUUAAAUUUUAUUUAAUAGUAAAUUAAAAGAAUUAUGUCAAUUUUUUCGGUAUAAUUGGAAAAUUAUAAAUAAAACGUGAGAGAAAAAAAAUUCGUGUGGUUUUUUUUUUUUUUUAAUUUUUUUUCUGCAACUCAUUGUAAAUAAUUUUAUAGGCCUUUUUUUUGGCCCCGCUUAUAAAAAUGUGUAGGAUCAGCAUUGCUUUAUUUUUCACCGCUAUCGCUUUUGCCAUCGCCCUUCAUGAUGAAAACAAAUGGGUUUGGAACGACGACGGAGAACCAAGAAAUCGAGAUGAAAAGAGAGCGAGGUACCUUGCAAAUGACUUUAAUCUAAACUCCAAUUUUGGAAACAACCCUUUUAAUGAAUACAGACCACAGUUUGGAGGAUCCUUCGGUCAUGGACCUCAUGUUGGUCCAAAUCGAGAGGAAGUUUUGGUGGGACCCGGUGGACCAACCGGAAUUUUGAAUAGGCCAAAUGGCGGAAGGGAGGAUUUCCUGGGACCCGAGGAUCCCCGAUAUCGACAAUUUGAAAUUUGUAAAUGCGCCUACAGUUUUAAUUGUCCUUCGACAGGUUUGAAUUUCGGCACUUGCUCGCAAGGUAAAGCGAUCUGCUGUUACAAUAGCAACAAGUUUCCUGGUCUAACGCCUGCAGGAAAUCCCAGUUAUGGCUCCCACGCGUCUUAUCCGAUAAGACCAAAUUUGGGGCAGGUGAAUUUUUUUCCACAAAAUUAUUACGGUAGACCUCAAGGCAAUUUCCAUGGUGAUUACCAGGGUCAUCUAAGCGGACAUUAUCGUCCAGAUGAUAUUAAUUAUGGCCGACCAUAUGGCGGGAGGCCAUACGGACCCGACAGAUACGAAAAUCAACGACCUUUUAACCCUCACAGUGAAGUUGAUUUUUAUUCACGUUCUGCAAAUAAAGACCCACUAAAAGAUGACGCAAGCGCGACGAAAAAAUCUACCGAGAAUUAAAACUGAUUUCCUAGUAUUUCCUAAGUAAAUACCUUCUUUCUCGUAUAUAGCCAAAAGGAGAGAAAAUUCAAUUAUCAUUAAACAUGUUUUUUUUAAUCUC